ACUUAAAAUCACGAACUCAGAGGCAAAAGCUUAGCAGCUAUCUAAGCAGAGCCAGUUGAAUUGAUUGAAAAGCUCCGAUCAAAAAUGGCGAUAACUCUCAACAAUGGCUUCCAGAUGCCGGUGAUGGGGCUGGGAGUUUGGCGCAUGGAGAAGCACCUAGUCAGAGAUCUGAUUAUCAACGCUAUUAAGAUUGGUUAUCGCCAUUUCGACUGCGCCGCUGAUUACAAAAAUGAAGCUGAAGUUGGCGAGGCUCUAGCAGAAGCUUUUAAGAGCGGACUUGUCAAGAGGGAAGAACUCUUCAUCACCACAAAGCUCUGGAAUUCAGACCAUGGACAUGUUCUUGGGGCUUGCAAUGACAGCUUAAAGAAGCUUCAACUAGACUACUUGGAUCUGUACCUGGUGCACUUCCCGGUUGCCGUAAAGCAUACCGGAGUCGGCAAUACUAGCAGUGAAUUGGCUGAAGAUGGGGUUUUGGACAUUGAUACGACCAUAUCCUUAGAGACUACUUGGCAUGCCAUGGAAGAUCUUGUUUCCAAUGGCUUAGUUCGUAGCAUUGGCAUCAGGUAUUGUAACUACUUUUGAUUACAUGUUGGUCUCUUUACAAUUUAGUCCGUGAAAUUUCAGGUUGGUCCCGAAACUUCCAUUAUUGUGUCUAGAAGGUUUCUAAACUUCAAAUUUUGUGUCUAAUAAAUCUACGAAAAAUUUGAAAACAAAUGAUUUGAUCUAUUAGACAUAGAUUUGAAUUUUGUCUAAUGGAACCUUAAACUUUCAAUGUCGUGUAAAGUAGGUCGGUGAAUUUUAAAAAAAUUAGAAAAUUCAGAGAUUAAGUAGACACAAACCUUAAAGUCGAUACGUCUGAACAAUAUACAUGCAUUUUUUCUUACUCGUCGCAUUAUACAUGCUUUUGUGCAC